AUGUAUGACAAUAUCAGCUCCCGGUGCUUGCCCGCCUGUCAGGUGGUGUGCGCUCAGCCAUGUGCCUACAGCAGAAGCCUUGAGCCCUGUGUGGCAUCGUGUGGGGACUCAAGAGCCGUGGUGCACGCCCCGCCGGUCGUCCUCACCUUCCCGGGUCCGAUUCUCAGCAGCUGCCCUCAGGAGAGCAUUGUGGGACCAUCAUUCCCCCAGCCUUACGGUGCUUGGAUCCCAUACAGCUCUGAUGAGUCCUAUGGGACGGGAGGUUCCUUUGGUUCAGGGGGCAUGUCAGGGAUGGGGGGUUCCUUUGGAUCUGGGGGCUCCUUUGGGUAUGGAGGCUCCUCAGGGAUGGGGGGCUCCUUUGGGCAUGGAGGCUCCUCAGGGAUGGGGGGCUCCUUUGGGCAUGGAGGCUCCUCGGGGAUGGGGGGCUGUUACAGCAGGAGGUCCUACAGCAGCAGCCGUGGCUCCCGCCUUGGAAACUGUGGCUCAUUCUAA